CGCUGGAUCUGUGGCUCUCUCCCGGGACUCGGUGCCUUUGACCGAGGCUGGAAGCAGCUGCGAAAAGCCACCAGCAGCCGAGGUGGCAAGUGGAAACUCUCCCGAGAUGUUCAGCCAGGUGCCCAGGACCCCGGCUGCAGGCUGCUACUAUCUAAAUCCCUUGACACCUGAGAGCCAGGAGAUGUACUUGCGAUUUGAUCAGACUGCCAGGCGCUCUCCCUACAGGAUGAGCCGGAUCCUAGCACGCCAUCACCUAGUGACUAAAAUUCAGCAAGAAAUCGAGGCAAAGGAGGCAUGUGAUUGGCUGCGAGCUGCCGGGUUCCCGCAGUACGCUCAGCUGUAUGAAGAUUCCCAGUUUCCCAUCAACAUCACGGCUGUCAAAAAAGACCAUGAUUUUCUUGAAAGGGACCUUGUAGAACCUCUUUGCAGACGACUUAAUACGUUGAACAAGUGUGCCUCAAUGAGACUUGAUGUGAACUUCCAGAGGAAAAAGGGUGACGACUCAGAUGAGGAAGAUCUGUGCAUCAGCAACAAAUGGACUUUCCAGAGAACCAGCCGCAGGUGGUCCCGUGUGGAUGACCUGCAUCCGCUGUUCCCAGGGGCAGACAGAAACGGGUCCCCAGGAGGCCCUAGGAUGAGAAACACAGCCAGCAGUGAGAGUGUGCUCACAGAUCUGAGCGAGCCAGAGGUCUGCUCCAUCCACAGUGAAAGCAGCGGGGGCAGCGACAGCCGCAGCCAAUCAGGGCAUCCUUCUGCCGACAGCACGCCUACGCUGGAGGGCACCCUGGUCAGCAGCAGCCUCCCACAGUCUCCCCCAGACAGUCUCAACCAGUCUUUUCACCCCAAGAAUGAGAAACCCACCAGGACCAGGGCCAAGUCCUUUCUGAAACGCAUGGAUACCCUGAGAGUGAAGGGCGCACUCGGGAGGCAUAAGGGGCCAGGGCGGACAGGUGGCCUGGUCAUCAGUAGGCCUGUGCUGCAGCAGGAGCCAGAGUCCUUUAAGACCAUGCAGUGUGUCCAGAUACCCAACGGAGGUCUGCAGACCUCACCUCCAGCUUCCUGCAGGAAAGGCCUCCCAUGUUCCAGUAAGUCCAGUGGUGAGAACAGCCCCCUGGAGAACAGCAGCCAAGUGAGCACUCCAUGCAUGAAGGAACGCAAGUGCCACCACGAGACCAACAAGCGUGGCGGCAUGUACCUGGAGGACCUGGAUGUGCUGGCAGGGACAGCAUUACCAGAUACAGGGGACCAAAACCAUGUGCAUGGGUUUCACUCCCAAGAGAACUUGGUGGUCCAUAUUCCCAAGGAUCACAAACCAGGAACGUUCCCCAAGGCGCUUUCUAUAGAAAGCCUCUCACCCACAGACAACAGCAAUGGGGUUAACUGGAGGACCGGGAGUAUCUCCCUGGGUAGGCAACAGGGCCCUGGCAUGAGGGAACCCAGACUCAUGUCUUCCUGCCACAGGGCCAGCCGGGUCAGUAUCUAUGACAAUGUCCCCAGCUCGCAUCUGUAUGCUAGUACAGGAGAUCUGCUGGACCUGGAGAAAGAUGGCCUCCUUCCGCAGCUGGAUGACAUCCUACAGCACGUCAGUGGCAUACAAGAGGUAGUGGAUGAUUGGUCAAAAAACAUCUUACCUGAACUGCAAAGCCAUGACGCAUUGGCAGGGAAUCCUGGUCUGUCUCCAUUCCCGACUCCUAAUCAGGUCACUUUAGAUUUUGAAAGCAACUCUGUCUCAGAAGGUCGGACAACACCUAGUGAUGUGGAAAGGGACAGGACUUCUCUGAAUGAAUCGGAGGCCACUGGUGUCAGAGAAAGAAGGGAUUCUGGUGUGGGGGCCUCUCUGACCAGGCCAAACAGACGACUAAGGUGGAGCAGCUUCCAGCUCUCACACCAGCCCCAGCCGUCUCCAGCCACCCCACACAUCAGCAGCCAGACAGCCGGCCAGCUGAACCUGCUCCAGCGCUUCUCACUGCUUCGUCUCACGGCCAUCAUGGAGAAAUACUCCAUGUCCAACAAGCACGGCUGGACCUGGUCCGUUCCAAAGUUCAUGAAGAGGAUCAAAGCCCCUGACUACCGAGACAAGGCUGUCUUCGGUGUUCCUCUCAUAGUCCACGUCCAGAGAACAGGACAGCCCCUGCCUCAGAGCAUUCAACAAGCACUGAGGUAUCUACGUAGCAACUGUCUGGAUCAGGUGGGUCUUUUCCGCAAGUCAGGAGUGAAGUCUCGAAUCCAUGCCCUACGUCAGAUGAAUGAGAACUUCCCUGACAAUGUGAGCUAUGAAGACCAGUCUGCAUAUGACGUGGCAGACAUGGUAAAACAGUUCUUCCGGGACCUCCCUGAGCCCCUUUUCACCAACAAGCUCAGCGAGACCUUCCUCCACAUCUAUCAGUAUGUCCCCAAAGAACAGCGGCUGCAGGCCGUGCAAGCAGCCAUCCUGCUGCUUGCCGAUGAGAACCGGGAAGCCCUGCAGACACUCCUGUGCUUCCUGCAUGACGUAGUGAACUUGGUGGACGAGAAUCAAAUGACGCCCAUGAAUCUGGCCGUGUGCCUGGCCCCUUCCCUCUUUCACCUUAACCUCCUGAAGAAAGAAAGCUCCCCAAGAGUCAUCCAGAAGAAAUAUGCCACCGGGAAGCCAGAUCAGAAGGACCUCAAUGAAAAUCUAGCCGCAGCUCAGGGGCUCGCCCACAUGAUCACGGAAUGCGACCGACUCUUUGAGGUUCCAUACGAGAUGGUGGCCCAAUCUCGGAACUCCUACUUAGAGGCUGAAAUCCAUGCACCCAACCUGGAAGACUUGGGAGCACAGCUGGCAGAGAGCGGGGCAACUUUCCACACGUACCUGGAGCAUCUUGUCCAAGGCCUCCAGAAAGAGGCUAAGGAGAAAUUCAAGGGAUGGGUCACAUGUUCCAGCCCCGACAACACAGACCUUGCUUUCAAAAAGGUCGGGGACGGGAAUCCACUGAAGCUGUGGAAGGCAUCUGUGGAGGUGGAGGCACCGCCCUCCGUGGUGUUGAACCGUGUGCUGAGAGAACGCCACCUGUGGGAUGAGGACUUCGUGCAGUGGAAGGUUGUGGAAACUUUGGACAGGCAAACCGAAAUCUACCAGUACGUGCUAAACAGCAUGGUUCCACAUCCCUCCAGAGACUUCGUGGUUCUCAGGACCUGGAAGACUGAUUUGCCCAAAGGAAUGUGCACCCUGGUGUCCCUGUCUGUGGAGCAUGAAGAAGCCCAGCCCAUGGGUGGUGUGCGGGCAGUGGUGAUGGACUCUCAGUACCUGAUAGAACCCUGCGGUUCUGGCAAGUCCAGGCUGACCCACAUCUGCAGAAUAGACCUGAAGGGCCACUCCCCAGAAUGGUACAGCAAAGGCUUCGGACACCUCUGUGCCGCAGAAGUUGCUAGAAUUAGGAACUCUUUCCAGCCUCUCGUUGCUGAGGGUCCAGAAACAAAAAUCUAAGCUUUCCCCAGCAUGACAUCAAACUCAGGGAACAAGAAGGGAAAAGAAUACUCACAGUGUGGUGAGUUCACGAAUGUGAAGAAAUGUCGCAGUGGGAGCCGGAGAUCAUGGAGCCCGAGGAGCUCGUUCCCAGCCUGCCUGGAGGUGGAUAAUCCCUACUAAUAGAAUGUCUCAGAACAUAUUGCUUAAAAUUCAAUGGGUUAUUCCUUCUGCAUUGCCUGAUUUGCUAUUUAAAGGCUUCUAAGAAGCAUUUCUUAGCUGUAAAUAAGUGUGUUGUAGCAUUUGUAUAUGUAUGUAUAUCUCCCUUUACUGUAUAUAUGUAAAAUACUGGGUUUAUAUAUAAUUCAGUGUCUGACUCUGUGAGUCUCCUCACAUGGCACGUCCCAGGUUGCCGUAGACCCCAUGUCCCUCCAGUCCCGCCAGCUGAGCAGAGCCUGCCGACAAACACCAAAGCAUGAAAUGUGUAGUCUGUCAGCUGGCCCAUUCUUACCCAAAGAUUAGCUAACCAAAGAAAAAUAGAGUUAAAAGCUUCUUCCACGGGUUGGCCUCUUAUUUCUGAUGUUUAAAGACCGGAGCAGGGUGUUGACAUAAAUUGAGGGAAAUAAUAUUUGCUUCUCUUCAACGCAAAGCAGCCGGUGAGAGGUUAUUGCCAAUCCAAGGCUAGACCUUGCAUUGCCUCUGGGACCACCCUAUGCAGUUUGAGUGAGAUGUUAGGUGACUGCUGGAGCUGGUACCAGGGACUGAAAUAGAACUGGUACCACCCACCCCCUACAUAGGGGUAAACAGUGGAACCUGUCCACAGAGCCAAAGGGAGCCCCAUACCCUCUUGUCAUAAUGCUUUUUAACCAUAUAUUUGACCAGUGACGUAUGUAGUCACAGUUAUUUAACACGUCUUGCACUGAACUUGACUCUGGACACCAGACAAAGUGAAAUGACCGUCCAGCAAGCGUCCAGGGUGAUCACAGCUUCAGGGAAUUCCAAGUAUCCUAUAGAUGACGCUCUUAAAAACCUAAGCCGUUAACUAUCUUACUAUCUGAAAGACAGGGUUUUAAACAGGAGACCAAAACUGUAUCGUUAGUUAUUUAUAAAAGUUUCAGGCUGCUAUGCCAAUCCCAUGUUUCAUCAUCCAGCGCCAGCACCUGAGUGUUUGACCCCAACCUUAUUUAUUAUUGUACAGACUCAGCAAACUGGCUUUCCUUAACCAAGUGAGGAUGGACUUGUUAUUAUUUUUUCAUUGUGAUACAACAUCUGUAGAGAGAUAACUUAUUAUGUCUGGCCUCCAGGAAAGAUUGUCUUAGGUUGUCUAGACAGAGAUUGAUAUCCUAAUUCAGCAACUGGUGUUAAAAGACAAGGACAAAAACAAACAUUUAUUUCCCAGGGUUCUGUUGCCGUUGUGUUAUAUACACUAAUGCGGUGUUUUCUUUUAUCUGUGGUGUGCAACCGUCUUAUUGGGAGGAAUAAAGAUGUUUUCUGUAUAUUUGGUAUGGCACAGGGAAAACCAGGGUAGGAGUUUUUCAUUCUCAUGUAUCUACCUGGGAGAGUGGCAGUCAGACCUACAUCAUGCCUACCAUGCUGGAUGACCUUUUAGGUAUUGUCGAGACCAUCAGGGGAGCUUAGUCUAGCUCCACACUGUCCCUGUGCCUAUGCAUUGGGAACCAGAGUGGGCACCCCAGGACGACUGGUAUUGUUUCUCAAGGAGCAUACUUCUCUGACAUGCACUGGGAAUCACCUAAAGACCUUGUUAACAUGCUCCAAUCCAGGCAUGUGGGUGGGCCCGACGUUCUGUAUUUCUAAUGAGCUUAAAGGAUACAGGGUGCUGGCCUCAAGGACACACUGAGAAACAAGGACCUAGGGAAUACUAAAACUGAAUAAAACGAUAAGAUUGUAUUUCUCAGCCCCUUACUCUUCCAGCUUAGCUGACUUCCCAAUUUUAUGCACAUACUAAUCACAUCACUUCUGCUAACCACAGGAUGCAUCUUUAAAAUAAAGGAAAGGGUGGAGAAUGAUGCAUUGAGCUUGUUUGUUAAAUAUCACAGUAUUUUAUUCAUUGUUAUCUUGCUGAUGGAAAUAAAAAAAAUAUUGCAUUUAAAUAUUAUAUUUAUACCUCAUGUAUAUUUUUACCUCAAUUGUUAUCAAUCAUCCAUUGUAAAUAAAUAAUUGCCAAGGCAGAUAAAUUUAUAUACAUUAAAUACUUCCUAUUUUCUAU